AUGGCCCAUGGUCAAAGGCAGGAACUAGUUCUUUUAAAUGAUAAUACGAUAAUAUCAGACGGUCUAUUAGGAUCAACUUCAUCCUUCUUGUCAGUCGUUUCACAUACUCAAGGCACUUCACCGGCAUGGUUAAUAAACUCUUUAUUAGAAAAUGCUUUGGAAGGUACUGCUACUUUAAUUAAUAAAGAUGUUACCAAAAAGCAGGAAAAUAGAUCGGAGGUCUUGUUGGUUUCUUUUCUUCAUCUGAGGGACUUUUUUGUUAGAGGAUGCAAAAGACAAGGUUUGGAUCUUGAUGGAACGAAAAGUUUCAAUUUUGUUGAUUGUUUUACUGAUUUAUUUUCAGAACAGGUUCCGGAUGUAACAAAAGCGAAGGAUCUGGUGUUAGAGGUUGUUCAUCGAAUCUUGAAAUUAUUGGCUGGGUGCUCGAAUGACAAAAAAGUCGUCUUUAUUGAAGGAAUUGAAAUUUUACUUUCAUCAACAAACUUGGCUACGGACAAUUUGUUAAGUCAUCUUUUGGAAAUAAAUAAAAAUUGUAACCAGCUCUUUGUUAUCUGUUCACAAGAUGCUCCCCAAUUCAUUGACAUGAAUUCCACUAAUGCUGAUAGUCCCAUUUUUAAAAUCACCGACUUUCUUACCAAAUUAUACUACAGAUCUAACAUGAACUUGCAGUUGAAUCCUUUAGCUACAGGAAGGGCAAAGGAUAUAACUGGAUGCUUAACUGUAUCGCGCGGAUGCCUUCCUUAUGAUCCAGUUGCCGUAAGUGUUGUGGAUAGAAACUACAUUUACUGCGUGACAAAAGAAUCAAAUGUUGUAUUAUAUUAUAGGUAA